CAAAUGUUUACCAGCCAAGGUUCUUAACACUGGAAAAGCCCAUCGAGCGCAGAAGUUGUUUUUAUUUCCUGAAACGCGCGGGUUAUUUUUUAAAUCUUACUAUAAAAGAACGUCAUUUUUUUUUACCGCUUUAGCAAUCUAAUACAUUUAGAUAACUCCAUCAACAAGACUGGCGAUAAUCCGAUCUACAAUCAAAGUGGACAAAAGGAAAAGGUCAACAGGGUAUCUUAACACCCGAUGAGAAAUAUUUGAGGUAAAAAUGAAAACGGAAGUUUCAGCUGCUUCGGGCUUUAUCGCCAGCUUGCUAAGAACCACUAGAUUACUAUCAGAAUACCAGUUGGAGCAGUUCAGUUUGGCGCUGGAGGAAGCUCUGGGCGAUCACUAUCAACAUCACUGGUUUCCCCAAGCGCCUUGCAAAGGAUCUGGUUAUAGAUGCAUCCGAAUCAAUCAUAAAAUGGACCCAGUGAUCGGCAGAGCGGCUUGCACCGUUGGGCUCACCGUCGAGCAACUUUUCUCUUUACUUCCUAGUGAAUUAACGCUGUGGGUCGACCCAUAUGAGGUUUCAUAUCGCAUAGGAGAAGACGGAUCCAUUUGUGUUCUUUAUGAAUCAACUCCACCAAAACCAGCUCAUUUGGACUCGACGGACUUCGUCAGCUGCAAGAAUGGACUCAGAAUCGGACGAACAAGUCCCUCAGAGUCAUUUAACAUAAUGGCUGUUUCAAGUUAAUGGGCCUAUAGGUUAGGCCUACAUUUUUUUUUUUUUUUUUUUUUUUUUUUUUUGUUGACAUGUUUUAAGCACAAGAAAUCUUAUUGUAUUUGAUGUUUUGAAAUCGUAGGAUGUAGUGUUUUUCCUUUUUUUUUUCUUACCUAAUGUUUAGUUAUUUCAUGGCAUGUGAUAGUGUAUUGUUACUGUGCAAUGCAGUCAUGACAUUAUUUUACACCUUGAAAUGAACUAUUUUCUGUAUUUAUAAUAAAAUGUCAUAUUCAAAAGCUA